CUUAAUGAGAAACAAUCCCAACCACAGUAACAGAUCUUUAUAAUAUGAAGACAAAGGAGAUGAAGCGAGAAUAAUCAAAGAUGCUAAGUUUCAGACAUUGUCUAUAGGAUUCUUAUCUUUCAAAAUCACGAAAAACAUAAUCUUGGAAAAGCUCGAGAGAAGAAAGAAGAAAAAACUAGAAGCAAUGAGCAAGGCAGAGCUAAUAUUCGUUCCAGCUCCUGGCGUUGGUCACAUAGUUUCAACCAUUGAAUUCGCAAAGACUUUGAUCCUUCGUGAUGAUCAAAUACAGGUCACCAUCCUUGUCAUGAAGCUACCCAUCACUCCUUUCAUUGAUGCAUACACCAAAUCGCUCACUGCUUCCCAACCCAAUAUCCGUCUCAUUGACCUCCCUCAAGUUGAUCUCCCUUCUUCUGAACUUCUUGCCAAAUCUGUGGAGAGUUAUAUUUGCGCCGUUAUCGAGAGUUACAAACCCCAUGUUCACAAAAUUGUCUCUGAUAUUGUAUCUUCCAGAUCUAGCUCAGAUUCGGUUCCAGUUGCUGGAAUAAUUCUUGAUUUCUUUUGCGUGUCCAUGAUUAAUAUUGGAGAUGAAUUGGGUUUGCCUUCUUUUAUAUUCUUGACAUCCGGAUCAGCAUUCUUGAGUCUCAUGCUUUAUCUACCCUCUCGCCAUCAACAAAUUGGCGCUGAAUUUACCUUCUCUGAUUCUGACGUAAUAAUUCCAGGUUUUGCCAAUCCUGUUCCUCCAAGAGUUUUACCUGGAGCUCUGUUUAACAAGCAUGGAGGUUAUGCUGCUUAUAUUACGGUAGCUCAAAGGUUCAAGGACGCAAAAGGUAUAAUAGUUAAUACAUUUACCGAGCUCGAAUCUCAUUCGCUUGAGUCCUUGCACGAUGGCCAGAACCCUAAGAUUUACCCUGUUGGGCCGGUGCUAAACCUGAUUGGUCAUCCUCAUCCGGACAUGGACCACAGUCAAUGGGACAAGAUAAGAAACUGGCUCGAUGAACAACCAGACUCAUCUGUGGUGUUCCUGUGUUUUGGAAGUGGAGGUUCGUUUGGCGUAUCCCAAGUGAAAGAAAUAGCUCUUGGUCUGGAGCAGAGUGGGUACAGAUUCUUGUGGUCCAUGAGAGUUCCUCCAGGAGAAGAUGAAGCCUCAAAAUUGAAGAAUCCAGAGGAGAUGUUGCCAGAAGGAUUCUUGGAAGGAAUAGAAGGGAGAGGAAUGGUAUGUGGGUGGACUCCACAAGUGGAGGUACUAGCACACGAGGCCAUAGGAGGGUUCGUGUCUCAUUGUGGGUGGAAUUCUAUAUUGGAGAGCUUUUGGUAUGGGGUGCCUAUUGUGACCUUGCCCAUAUAUGCAGAGCAGCAGCUGAAUGCAUUUACAUUGGUGAAGGAACUGGGGCUGGCAGUGGAGCUGAAAUUGGAUUACAGGUCAAAUGGAGAUGUUGUGAAGGCAGAGGAGGUGGAAAGAGCUGUGAGAUGUGUGAUGGAAAGUGAAAAUGAGGUGAGAAAGAAGGUGAAAGACUUGGCAGGAAUGGCGAGGAAGGCAGUGAUGGAUGGGGGAUCUUCAUCAACUUCAAUCACAGAGUUGAUCAAGGAUCUGAGAAAAUAUGUUUGAAUCAUUGCUGGUAAUGAAAUAGAGAAGGGGAAAUAAGCCAAUUGCUACUGUGCUAGGCAGGAGUCUCUCACUUAUUUUGUUUUGAGAAAUAUGGGCUAUCAUUCUUAAUUUCUUGUUUUUGUAUACUUAUUAUUGCUCGGUGUCA